AUGGAUAAAACUAGCAAAGAGACAGGGAUCCCUGAACUGGAUUCUGCUUCUGGGGUCAGCCUGGCAGGUCCCUCCGCUGGGGACCAGUUUGUCCCAGGACUGCCAUCCAGACCAAGGGUGUAUAAAGAAAAACCGAAGGUCUAUCAAGGUGUCCGUGUGAAGAUCACAGUAAAGGAGCUGCUGCAGCAGAGAAGGGCACACCAGGCGGCCUCAGGGGCGACCCUGUCGGGAGGCAGCAGUAUCCAUCGAACAGAGCCAGUCACAACAUCCUCUGCAGGACUGUAUAUUGAACCGGAACAAAUUUCUUCCACACCCAAUUAUUUUCAACCCCGAGAUUUCUCCAGCUGUGCUUCUAAUGAAGAAAAUGCAGGCUGCCUGGACCAGAUCUUCAAUUCCUUCCUUCAGACAGAGACCCUCUCGGAACCUUUGCUCCACUCCACGCAAAGUGCUCCACACUAUUUCCCAGACAGUUUCCAGGCUGCCCCUUCCCGCUUUAACCAGAACCUGAUUCCGGGAUCACCUUCGGAUUCCUCCACUCUCUCUGGCUCCUUAGAUUACAGUUACUCGCCAGCUCAGCUGCCUUCCUACAUCCCUGAGAACUUAAAUUCUUCUGCUUCGGUGGACACCAGACACUGCGAUUACCCCUCCGAAGACUGUGCCUACCAUCCCUCGCCCUCCAGUGCCCAGUAUAAGGGCUUCCCCCCAGCCGCGUCGGUCUGCUGCUGUGCCUCCUGCGAGGCGGAGCACUUGGAUGCCUUCAGGACAGCGGAGUUCUUUUCCUACCCGAGCGCAGACUGCGUGGACUUUGCCUCCUCGGCAGCUGCUACCAAUGAUUUCUACACCAGGGAAACAAACUGCGACAUCUGCUAUACUUAAUAGGAACUCUGCUUUUUCGGGAC